GCGCGGGUGUGGGAGCGCUCCUUUCUGCCGUGGCCAGCGGCAACGCCAAAGCCACGCCACAGGGUCCCCCUCGGCGAGCGGGAUGGAUGCCCGCGGGGUGCUCUGUGCCCCCGGGGUGCUCUGUGCCCCCGGCUCGGCUCAGCCCGGCCCGGCUGGCCAGUCGUUCGGUCGGUCCCUACGCCCUCCCCGCCGCGGUGCCCUCCCCCGGUGCGGGGUGAGAGGCGGAGUCAGAGCGGCGCGGCCGCCUCCCGCCGCCUUUAUCUGCCGUGCCGGCGCGGGGGGUGGCACUGGGAAACACCUUGUUUUAAGAUACGCGCUAUAAAUACGACGGAGGGGAUGGGAGUGCGGCCACGGGCGGUGGCGGGCUGACGGCGCGGCGGUGAGCGGCUCCGGGACACGGACUGUGCACGCCAAUAGCCGCCGAGCCGGCGGCGGAGGACAGCCCGUGGCACUAGCGAGGAGGAGGCGAAGGAGAUCGCCGCCGGAGGAACCCCUGCGGUCCGAGCCGCCCCGCUGAGCUCGUCCGUCCGCCUGUCCGCCGCCACCAUGCAGAUCUGCGACUCGUACAGCCAGAAGUACUCCCUUUUCAACGCCAUGAACCGCUUCAUCGGCGCCGUGAACAACAUGGACCAGACAGUGAUGGUGCCUAGCCUGCUGCGCGACGUGCCGCUUCUGCUGGAGGAGCUGGACGCGGCGGGGGCCGUCUGCCCGCAGCGGGAGGCCGCCAUCCCCGCCGGCGACCCCGACUUCUUCUCCCGCAGGGACAUGUACAGCCACUACAUGCUGCUUAAGUCCAUCCGCAACGACAUCGAGUGGGGCGUGGUGCAGCCGCCGGCGGGAGAGGAGGCGGCCCGCAAGAAGGACAAGCUGGGCGGCGGGCCCGCCGAGGAGGGCGAGGGGGAGGAGGACCUGGAGAAGCAGUUCCACUACCACCUCAGCGGACUCCACUCAGUCCUCUCUAAGCUCACCCGCAAGGCCAACGUCCUCACCAACAGAUACAAGCAGGAGAUCGGCUUCAGCAGCUGGGGGCAGUGAGCGCUGGGGGGGGAGGGAGAGCGGGGGAAGGGGGGGAGCCCGGCCCGGCGGCGGAGGGCUGCUCCCCACGGCUUCCCUGCGCCCUCCCAGGACUGCAUCCGGUUUUCUACCAACGCACAAACGAGAGAGAGAGAUGUAAAUUAAUCACUACUAGUUUAUUAAUUAUUUCUCACCCCCAUUCUUGGGGUUUUUUUUGGGGGCGAGCAGUUGCUGUGCUCUGCCCGGGCGGGGAGGCUGAACCCGUACGUGUACGAGGAGGUGGCGUAGCUGGCAGACGAGGAGGCUCAACGCAAGCCGAUGAACAUAAGGAAACUGUCAGAAAAUUGCUUCUCUUGCCCGGGAGGGAACCCAGUGGGCUAAAGAGCAUCCCUCUUUUGCGGGAUGGAUGGUGGGUCCCACAGUUGUACAUGUACUGGAAUUUAUUUAAAACUUUUUUACUCAGAUGUAGAGUAUAUUCUAAAAUAAAUGCAAAUGUAUUAACUAAAGGUGACUUAAACUUUUUUUGGUAUGAUUUAUCUUUCUUUAAUUAAAUGAUCUUUUUAACAUCUGGAA